CGUUACAUUACUCUCGGAGCACUGCUCCAGCUAGGAAGUCGGUCUGCGGCGCUUUCCUCCUCUUAUCCUUUUGGUUUUACGACUUUUGAUUUCGAUCUCCUUUCAGUUGAAGGAUGUAUUUUAUGUCAGUCGGUGAUUUAUUAUAGGUAGCGGGAUUGUCUAAGAAGUAUUUCUGCGACCAUUCUUCAUAAACCGCGCAUCACAGUUGACUUUUAAUUCACGGUUUAAUUCACGUAAGGACUGGUUAUCCAGUAGGACCACCGGCCACCGAGGGACAUAUUUUUACUUAUCAGAACCCACUUUUACUUUUUUUUUCUGGAGCAAGUUUAUUUCGCAGAGACCUCCUCGGCGUACUGAACUGGUAGCCUAUGAUGAUAUUUUAACUUGUGCGUUCUCAAAGUGCCGCUGCUCCAGCGAGCACCCAUCACCCUUCAUACCACCCUCAGUUUGUUGUAUUUAGCGCGAGGCGCCUUCGUAGUAGCCUGCUAUUUGAGGAGACAGCACGAGCGGACACUCCCCUGUCGCUUUGAUCAGAAACACUAACAACGUGCGCGCACGCUGUUUUGAAAGAUCGGUUGCGGUGACGCAGCCAGGACGAUUUCCACUCUCCAGGUUGGGAUUUCUCGGUGAGCUUGUUCCUCAGUUUGAUAAGUUCCAGAGCUGUCUGAACCGCCACCAUGCCACAGUUAGCAGGCGGAGGUGACCCGGAGCUCUGCGCCACGGACGAGAUGAUCGCCUUUAAAGACGAGGGAGACCCACAAAACGAACAGAUCUUCGCUGAACUCAGUAACUCAGAGGAAGAGGGGGACUUGGCGGAUAUCAAGUCAUCGUUAGUGAACGAGUCAGAGACGAGUCCAAACAGCAACAGUCAUGAUGGUGGCAGACAGUCAAUGCAAGACUCGUAUCACGAAAAACACAGAGAUCUUUCUGAUGACGGGAAACUGCAGGACCUGUACAGUAAAGGCCACCCCUACAAUGGCUACCCGGGGUACAUCAUGAUGACCAACAUGAGCAACGACUCCUACAUGAACAACGGCUCCAUGUCACCGCCCAUGGGAAGAACGGUCAGUACCUCAACCCUCCUCCUCCACCAAACGAAAAAGAUGCCAAUGAACAUUUGUAUCGCAAAUUGUCAUGUUUUGUAUUCAUUCUAUUUUAUUUCCUCCCCCGUAGGCAUGUCGAGACAUCACCAUGGAGGCGACAUGCCCAACUUCUACUCUCUGUCCCCGGGGGGAGUGGGCCAGAUCACCCCACCGCUGGGCUGGUUCUCUCAUCACAUGGUCCCUGGCCCCCCAGGGCCCCACGCCACAGGGAUCCCCCACCCCGCCAUCGUCAACCCACAGGUCAAACACGAGCCCCAGCAUGACACCGACCUCAUGCACAUGAAACCCCAGCACGAGCAGCGGAAGGAGCAGGAGCCCAAGAGGCCCCACAUCAAGAAGCCCCUCAACGCCUUCAUGCUCUACAUGAAGGAGAUGCGUGCCAACGUGGUGGCCGAGUGCACUCUCAAGGAGAGCGCCGCCAUCAACCAGAUCCUGGGCAGGAGGUGGCAUGCGUUAUCUCGGGAGGAGCAAGCUAAGUAUUACGAGCUGGCCCGGAAGGAACGGCAGCUCCACAUGCAGCUCUACCCCGGAUGGUCUGCCAGAGACAAUUAUGGAAAGAAGAAGAAGCGGAAGAGGGAGAAGAUCCAGGAACCAGCUGCAGGAGGAAAGAGGAACACUUUCUCCACAUGCAAAGCCAAGACAGCGGAUACUGGUCCAUUGCUCGAGAUGGAAGCCUGUUAGAUCCCCUUGAAGACCCCAAACCCCUGAAAACCCCAUGCCUCCAAAUCUCAGAGA